GGAAUUCACGGAAAUACAUGCUGAAAAAUAGGAGUUGCCGCUCCAAGUGAGAGCAUUGUCUGCCGAUAAAAGUAGGGAUGUGAGCAGUGUGCCGGUUCUUCGAGACGAGGUUUCACUCCUCACACGUUUCUUUCUGGACACGCAGACAAGGAGACUCUCUCCAUCAAACAUGUCAGCAUGUCCAAUCUGCCAUUUUGGACUGCCUGCAAUCAUCACCAAGAACCCUUUUCCGGGAGGACAACAAUCAACAUGUUUAUGAACAGAGGGACAACCUGGUGUGAAGAAAACAUAAAGCAACAGAACAUUUCAGGGGAAAGCCCGCAGUUUCUUACCAUGUGAAUGGACACGUUGUGAAGCCAGUACGUCUGCCUACUGUUAGACCUCUGCAGUGUUUUGUUUUUAUUCUAGUAUGUAGAGGCAGAAUCCAGACCGAAUAGACGUGUGUCACCAUCAAGUACCUGCGUGUUGCACGUGUGCAGAGAAGCAGCCGGAAGCGAGCAGGUGAACAGACUGGGAGCGGUGGUGGUUUGCAGCAUCAGCCCCUGAAGAUGCUCCAGGCUGGUAACUACUCACUGGUGCUGCUGAUCCAGCUGACCCUGUUGGCCUAUGACCUCUUCGUCAACUCUUUCAGUGAACUCCUGAGGGGAGCGCCUGUCAUCCAACUAGUCCUUUUCAUCAUCCAGGACAUCGCCAUCUUGUUCAACGUGAUCAUCAUUCUGCUGAUGAUGUUCAACACCUACGUGUUCCAGGUCGGCCUGGUGUCCGUGCUCCUGGAGAGGUUCAGGGCUCUGCUGAUGUUCUCCGCUCUUUACCUGACGCUCAGCAUCUGCUUCCACUGCUGGGUGUUGAACCUUAGAUGGUUCGAGUCAAACAGUUUCGUUUGGACAGAUGGUCUUCAAGCCCUUUUUGUUUUCCAGAGGACAGGGGCAGUGAUGUAUUACUACUUAUACAAACGAACAGCAGAGUACAUGGGAGACCCGAGGCUGUAUGAGGACUCUCUGUGGCUUCGGGAUGCCUUUGCCAAAGCUCGUCAGUGAAAAAGAGAAUUUUUGAGAUUUUAUGAGGCAUAAAAGGAUUAUUUUCAUGUUUAAAAAAGAAAAUCAAGCUAAGGACGAAGCAAAGUCUAAAACGGUUUGUUUACUGGCUUUAUGUAGCCAAUAAAGCAAUUAGUUAAAUGGUUUACAGUGACGGGUUAAGCCAACCGUGGUAGUAUUGCAUUAAACAGGAUUGUGAGUGUUAAUCUGUGUGGCCUUUAAAUCAAUUUGAAUUGCAGACAGAACAUUGGAAAAAUGGGAAGUUUGUUUUGAUUCAUGCUAAUGUACCAUUUAACAUGUAAUAGUUAUAUUGGAAAAGCUCUGUUCUUCCCCACAGAAGGAGGGAACAUGUUGAUUUAUUUUUGCCUUAUGGUUAGCAUGCCGUUUACAUGGUUAAUGUCAUUUUAAUAAGCCAAUGUCAUGCAAAUCCAGUUGUCUUUUAGUUGGGAUCUUUGAAAAAAAUUCCUGCUGUUUUUAUUAAACAAUCCUUCUCUAAUCCUGGUGAAAUCCUUCAU